CUGAGGUCAAGCUGAGGUAACCUUCCAGAGACAUGGGAGGAGCCUCGUCAAAGCCCCGUGAAGACAAAUGGCCACCAGACGUGCUCAUCUUGAGGAUGACCUAUCCUGUCCAGUUUGUGGACACAUUCUGAGUCAGCCAGUAGUGCUGACUUGCAGACACAGAUUCUGUAAAGCCUGUCUAAAAGACAGCUGGGAGACACAAGGCGGUGGAGAUUCACACAGCUGUCCUCUGUGCUGGCGCCGUUCCUCCAUGGAUCGAAUCGUGGUGAGCACUGUGCUGGAGAAGUCCUGUGAAUCCUUCAAGGACUUCAGCAGGAAGAAUGACCCAGAGGCUUGUAAGGAGCACGGAGAAAAGCUCACAUUGUUCUGCUUGCAGGACUUAGAGCCAAUCUGUGGUGUGUGUGGGAAGGCAUCUGCACACACUGGCCACAGGCUCUAUCCCAUUGGGGAAGGUGCUCAUGACUGUAAGGAGGAACUGAAGAGUGCGCUGCUGCCUUUAAAAGAGAAGUUGCAACUGUACAAGAAGUCGAAAAUGGCCUGUGAGGAAAUUGCAGAACAUGUCAAGACCCAGGCCGAACACACCGAAGUACAGAUCAGAGAUGAAUUUGAAGCCCUUCACCUUUACCUGAAGGAGCAGGAGGCCGCCAGACUCUCAGCUUUAAAGGCCGAGGAGGAUGAGAAGAAUCUAGCGGUUAACCAGAGGUUCGAAGAGAUGAACGAGGAAAUUACAUCUCUCUCGAACACCAUCAGAUUAGUGGAACAGGAGAUGAAAUCUCAAGAUAUCCCAUUUCUUCAGAAUUACAAGGAAACAAUGAGGAGAACUUGGCGAACUUCUGUUGAUCCACAAAUGAUUUCUGAUGCUCUGAUUGAUGUGGCCAAGCACUUGGGCUCUCUGAAAUUUAAAGUGUGGGAGAAGAUGAAGAGCGUAGUUAAAUACAAUCCUGUGAUUCUGGAUCCAAACACAGCCGCUAGCUGCUUCAUCAUCUCAGAGGAUCUCACAGUCGUGCAGAACUCGACCCAGAUUUUCAAGCUGCCAGACAACCCAGAGCGCUUCGACAUAAGCGCCGAGAUGCUGGCUGCCGAGGGCUACACCUCUGGACGCCACAGCUGGGAUGUGGAGGUAAAGAACAACACCUACUGGGUGGUGGGAGUAGCCAGCGACUCCAUCAACAGGAAGGGCAAGCACGUCCUGACACCAGCAGAGGGAUUCUGGACUAUAAGGUUCCGCAACAGAGAGCACAAGGCCUGCACGGCACCAUGGGAGCCCCUGAACAUGACGAAGACGCCAGAAGUGAUAAGAAUAGUUCUAGACAUGGACAGAGGCAAGGUGACGUUUUACGACCCUAGAGAGCGACCGCCUCUCUACACCUUCACAGACGUCGUCACGCCCAGAGCCUUUCCCUACUUCUGCUCUGCCUGCAAAGAGCACCCACUGAAGGUCCUACCCACGAGGAUAUACUUGUCAAUAGACUAGUUCACAUUGGAGGCACAUUGCCAAACAUUGUAUGUGUAAAAAUUACCCAAUGAAAGAGAUGAAGGGCUGCUCCAGCUUGAUACGUUUUUUUUUUUUUGUUUUUUUUUUGAAUGAAUGAAUGACAUGAAACACAAACAGACAUGUUUUAAAAUAUUUAAUUUGAGUUACAACUAAGAAAUGUAGUCUGUGAGAUCUGAAAUUGUAAAUAGCUCCAACACCAAUAUAUUACUACACUGAUAAUAUUUGUUACAUAAGAUGACAGUCACCUCAUGAUACAAAAUCACGACAGUGAUUUCACAAUCUUUUGAGCUCCUCUCCAAGAAAAGCAUAGAAACAUAUCUGAUACGUUUCAUAUAAGGCACAUACAGUAACAACCUUUGUGCGUUUGCAAAAGUGUGCCGGUUUUGUUCAAACGUGAGAAGUGAGAUUAGUUUUCCAUUGUAUUAAAAAAAAAAAAAAAAAAAAAAAAAAAAAAAAGACUACGGUUAGUGUUUGAUCUAGUAGCCAUAUGUAGUGCAUGUUGAAGUCUGGUCUUCCCGCCUCAUCCAACCACACAUCAGUAACUCCAUAGCUUCACACUUCACAAGUAUUGCCUAAACCUACAAAGACUUUUAUUGUCCUGCGACAUAUUUCAUAAUUGGGAAUAUAACCUGUAACAGAGUUUGACUUGAUGCUACAC